GCCGUCACAACCCAACACUGAGUGGGAGCUUCAGCUGGUGUCACCAGAAACAUCGGCAGUCAGAUAGCAACUUGUUGAGUGGUGGUACACGCCAAGUGUUGUGCUGCUGAUCAUACACAACAUUUACUCAUAAAGCUGGGCAGCAAGAUGUUGGGUAGAACAUUACUCUUCAGUUUAUUUUAUGCACUUGUUCUGGCCGAAGAUUUUUAUCAGCUGCUUGGGGUGACCAAGAAUGCUGACCAAAAGGAGAUUCGCAAAGGUUUCAAAGAGAAGGCACUUAAACAUCAUCCUGACAAGAACACGGAUGAUCCCGAAGCACAUGAGAAAUUUGUUCAAAUUAAUCGUGCUUAUGAAGUUCUCAAGGAUGAAGAGCUAAGAAAGAAAUAUGAUUUACAUGGUGAAGAAGGUCUUGAUGAAAGCAGAUCGGGUCAGCAGUAUCACUCGUGGAACUACUACCAUGAUAACUUUGGUAUCUAUGAUGAUGAUCCUGAGAUCAUUACUCUCAAUAAAGCAGACUUUGAACAAAGCGUGAGUGGAUCACCAGAUAUAUGGUUCAUAAACUUCUACCACCCAAUGUGUUCCCACUGCCACACAUUGGCUCCAGUGUGGCGAGAGGUUGCCAGGGAACUAGAAGGAGUGGUUAGAAUAGGAGCAGUGAAUUGUGAUGAUGACUACCACCUGUGUUCUUCCCAAGGCAUACACUCCUAUCCAACACUCCUCUCCUAUCCUGGGAGGUCUAAAUAUACACAGGAGAAAACAAAGGAGCAGUUGUUGAAAUAUGUGCUGCAAAAGGUUCAGUCGUCUGCUGUGCGCCUUUCCAGUGCUAACUUUAAAGCAUUAUUAUCAAAGAAGGAAUAUUCCAACAAGCCAUGGCUACUUAUCUUCCAUAAUGAUAAUGAUGAACUUGAUGACUUCUGGGUUACUCAGAUUAAACUAAGUUCUAUUUUAGAUGGCUUGGUCACUGUGGGGUUUGUUGAGUGCUUCAAGGAGAGGGAUUUCUGCAAUACUUUAGGUAUGCAAUCAGGAAUCAAGUUUUUUGACAUUGGGAAAAUCCAGUCUGGAGAAGGUAGAGAGAUAUCUAGUCUUAAUGCCCAGGAGAUUGCUAGAGAGGUCCUUCCGCUCCUACCAGAAAUGAGACUGCUGGAUGAAGACAUGUUUAAGGGUAUCCGACGGAAACUGGAGCUGCACGAGGACUCCACAUCAUGGUUGAUACACUUCAGGGGUGACAGUGAUGAUGAUGCAUUUGAGAUUCGCAAGUUGCCGGCUUUACUUCCAUCUCUUAAUCUUGGAAGAAUUGAAUGUUCUCAGAUGAAGAAGCAGUGUGAUGAGCUUUACAUUGCUAAAACACCGUCAUUCAUCUUGUUCAAACCUGGUGGAGGAUAUGAAUUACAUCAUGGUCGCUUACUAGCACACGACAUAGCAGUGUUUGCGAGAGAAGGCGCUUCAGCUCCACGUUUCCAAAUAUUAACUCCUCAGAAAUUUCCUAAAGUGCUUAGCGAUGGCACAAAUUGGUUUGUGGACUUCUAUGCUCCAUGGUGUCCACCAUGUAUGAAACUGCUGCCAGAGUUUCGGAAAGCAAGCAAGCUUGUACACACGCCUAUUAAUUUUGGGAGCAUUGACUGCACACUGCAUCAUGAGCUGUGUUCCAGGUUCAACAUUCACCAGUAUCCCACCACUAUACUCUACAACCAGAGUGUACCUCAUGAGUACUUGGGCUAUCACACUGCUGCACAAAUUGUUGAAUUUGUCAAAGACACUCUAAAUCCUGCAGUUGUGAAGCUUGAUGAUGUCAAAUUUGAGAAACUUAUAAGUAACAAGCCAAGAGGUGAAACUUGGGUGGUGGAUUACUUUGCUAACUGGUGCGGUCACUGCAGAGACAUGGCUCCCGAGUACAGGAAGUUUGCCCGCAUGAUGGCGCACCUUCCUAAUAUUCAUGUGGCAACUAUUGACUGUGCAGAAUUUGGCAGUAUUUGUAGAACUCAAGGAAUUUCCAGCUACCCUAGCAUCAUGCUUUACCCUGCCUCUAGCUUGGGGACUCGACAGGUGAUGAAGUUCAAUGGAUGGUCUCGAGAUGCAGCAGCCUUCCGUCAGUGGACAUACACCAGCCUUCCUUCAAAAGUGGUUGAUUUAGAUGAAAAAUUGUAUGAAAAAAUUCUUCACAGCAAACAGCCCUGGUUGGUUGAUUUUUAUGCUCCAUGGUGCAGUCACUGUCAAGUGUUUGCUCCAGACUUUGAAGAUGUUGCUCGGGGUCUGGAGGGUUCUGUGAAUGCUGGGAAAUUAAACUGUGAGAAAUAUCGCAGAGUAUGCCAAGGUGCUAGUGUGCAUGCUUAUCCUACUGUCCGUCUCUACAGAGGCUCAACCAAUGGUAAUCGUCAGAGUACAGAAGGAAUUAAUUUUCAGAAUCUCGAUAAAAAUGACAUCAUCAAUAGGGUUCCUCAAUGGAUACCCAAAUAUGGAAAUAAACAUGACGAGUUGUGAUGUUGGUUUGUAUUAAUAAAUUUCUGUAUCA